AUGAAGUUUUCAUUUUGAACAUAAAUAGAAAAUUAUCCUUGAAUUACUGAAAUUUCUUCCCUCAAAUUGACUCGAACGCCCUUCCCACCAAAGUUGUGAAGAUCAAAAUGUAUGUUCUUAUUUAUCACGUGGUACCUUCGCUUUUUGUUGGCCAUUCUUUUUUCCUUUUCUUUUGUCUUUUCUUUCUUCAUGUCGUGCAAGUUGCGCAUACUCUGUGACAUGGGCAGCCUUGAAUGGUCUCGUUUCUUUAACUAUGGAUUGUUCUUGAGUUCCAUACUCAUUAUCCCCAACCCGGAAGUGGGCGGCCCCCUAAGAUUUGAACAGAGCUGAGAUUAUGGGAAUAUUUGCUGCUCUACCGCUGCUGCAUACUUUGAUAUGGCUGUUUCUUAGUGGUUCGAUCUGGUGCCAAAAGGCAGCUGUGGUAAAUAUUGGUGCGGUUUUUACUUUCAAUUCGGUUAUUGGUAGAGCAGCAAAGCCGGGGAUGCAAGCAGCAAUCGCCGACAUAAAUGCUGACUCCAACAUCUUGAGUGGGACAAAGGUGAAGCUCCUGAUGGAGGACUCUAACUGCAGCGACUUCUUGGGCUCUGUUGGGGCUUUGCAUGUACUUGAGAAAGAGAUUGUUGCAAUCAUUGGCCCACAAUCCUCGGUGGUGGCUCAUGUGAUUUCUGAGCUUGUUAAUGGUCUACAAAUUCCUCAAGUAUCAUAUGGAGCCACUGAUCCAACAUUAUCGACUCUCCAACUCCCUUUCUUCCUCCGAACCACUUUAAGUGACUCUUACCAAAUGGCUGCCAUGGCUGACUUGAUUGAUUACUAUGGGUGGAAAGAAGUCAUUGUUAUAUUUUUGGAUGAUGAUUAUGGGAGAAAUGGGAUAUCUUCUUUGGGUGAUGAACUUCAGAAGAAAAUGUGUCGUAUUUCUCAUGGAUUUGGCUUGCCUUCUCUGGCUAAUCUUGCUAAGAUCACGGAGAUACUUAACCAAUCUAAAUUGCUCGGUCCUCGUGUUUAUGUCGUUCACGUCGGCCCCGAUCCUCAAUUAAGAAUCUUCACCAUUGCCCAUAAACUUGGAAUGCUUUCCAGCAACUACGUUUGGUUUGCAACUGAUUGGCUUGCCACAACUCUAGAUUCUUUUUCACCAACAGAUCUUGCUUCACUUGAUAUACUUAAUGGAGUAGUGGGGCUACGCCCUCAUACUCAAGAGUCUAAAGGAAAGAAGGAUUUGUUGAAUCGUUUGAGCAAAAUGCAGCCAAAAGGUUUGGCCAAUUCUGUGUUGAAUGUUUAUGGACUCUAUGCUUAUGAUUCAGUAUGGGUUGUUGCCAGGGCAGUGGAUAAGUUUCUCAAAGAAAAUGGUAAUAUAACCUUUUCAUCUACAGGUAAAGUAUUUGGCACUAGUAAAAGUGGAAUUCAACUAGGAAGGCUUAAAGUGUUUAAUGGAGGAAGUGAUCUUCUUAGGAUUAUUAUGCAAACAAAUUACAGUGGUUUAAGUGGGCGAAUUCAGUUUGGUGAAGACAGAAAUAUCAUCAAUGGUAGCUAUGAUGUGAUUAAUAUUGACCAAAAGGAAAUUCGUACGGUGGGUUAUUGGUUUAACUACUCAGGAUUCUCGAUUUCACCACCAGAAGCCUUGACAUUGAAACAAAAAGAUUCCCCCUUAGACCAGAAACUCGACAUUGUAGUUUGGCCUGGUGGAAACUCAAAAAUACCAAACGGUUGGGUGAUAGCAGACGCUGGAAAGCCCCUAAGAAUUGCAUAUCCAAGAAGAGAAAGCUUUGUUGAGUUUGUUACUCAAGUGAACAACACCAAUGUGGUUCAAGGAUACGUUAUUGAUAUUUUCAAAGCAGCUCUCAAGCUUAUUCCAUAUGAAGUUCCUUACAAAUUUGUGCCGUUUGGGGAUGGUCAAGUCAAUCCUAGUUACGAUGAACUCGUUCAAUCGGUUGCAGAUAAUGUGUUUGAUGCAGCUAUUGGAGACAUUGCUAUUGUUACCAACCGUACAAAGGUUGUUGAUUUUUCUCAACCCUAUAUCACUACCGGGCUUAUCAUAGUUGCCCCAGUUAAAGAUUCAAAAUCAAGUGCUUGGGUGUUUCUUAAACCAUUUACAGCAGAGAUGUGGUGUGUAACAGGAUUUUCUUUUGUGAUUAUUGGGAUUGUUAUUUGGAUGCUUGAGCACCGAAUCAACGACCAUUUUCGAGGUCCUCCAAAGAGGCAGAUUAUCACUAUGUGUCUGUUCAGCUUUUCAACUCUGUUCAAGGCUAAUCAAGAAGCAACCAUUAGCCCACUUUCACGAAUGGUGAUGUUGGUAUGGCUGUUCUUAUUGUUGGUAAUAACGUCAAGCUACACUGCAAGUUUGACAUCAAUACUCACAAUUCAGAAACUUUGGUCGCCAAUACGGGGAAUUGAUGACUUGGUUGCAAGUAACUUGCCAAUAGGAUAUCAGGUAGGAUCCUUUGCUUAUGACUAUUUGACACAGAGCCUUUUCAUACCACGCUCCAGACUAGUGAAGCUUUACAACCCUGAUGAUUACGAGAAAGCACUGCGGCUUGGUCCAAAAGGAGGCGGUGUGGCAGCUAUCAUUGAUGAACUGCCAUAUUUGGAGUUAUUUCUGUCUAAGACCAAAGAAUUUGGAAUGAUUGGACAAACUUUUACCAGAAGCGGAUGGGGAUUUGCUUUUCAGCGAAGAUCUCGACUCGCAGUCGAUAUGUCAACUGCAAUUUUAAGACUCUCUGAGAAUGGAAAGCUUCAAGAGAUACACGACACCUGGUUCUGUAAGCUGGGUUGUCCCGGGCAGCGGGGAGGAGAAGCGCAGCCAGACCAACUUCACCUAAUCAGUUUCUGGGGUUUGUAUUUACUUUGUGGAAUCAUUUCCUCUGCUGCACUUUUCAUGUUUCUUCUAAGAAUAAUUGGUCAGUAUAUCCGUUAUCAACGACAACACCGUCGUUCAGAGGUGGUUACACCGACCCCCAUUCCGUCCAAUACUGGCUGUACUCAGACCAUUCAAAGUUUUAUGCGGUUUAUUGACGAGAAGGAUGAAGCCAUCAAAAACUUCUUUCGAGCAGCACAUUUACGUGGUGCUCAAAGUGGGGAGCAACUCCAGAGACAUUCCGGAGGGACAAAGGAGAAGGCUGAUUUAGAGGUACAGCUGGGGACCUCGAGUAUGAAUUCAGGAUAA